CACUUGAGGGCGCUCAAGCACAAAAACGGUCUAGCCGAGUAAACGUAACGAAAAAUGACAUGUACGUUUAUUUAUGUUAAUCUAACAUCAGGGGUAGGGCUGUACGAUGUCGUAAAGUAUAACCGUAUCGAAAAGAGCCACUAUGACGAUAACAGUAUACGCAAUAUCCGUCGCAGCGAAGCGAAAUAAUUUAAAUUGGUUUUAUCCGACAAGCAUUUGUGUGCUGCACGCAUGGGUUGUUUAUCCAAAUCUGACCAAUCAGAUGCAGCCUUUACUCUCUUCAUCUCUGCUUAUCCAGUAGACGCAGUUAGCUGAACAUUAUAUUACAUUAACACUAAUGCCAGGAAUGUCCGCCAUGGUUUUCAGUCAUUCGUGGUGUUUUGAAAGCUUAAAUGUUUGCAUCUUGACGAUGUGUUUCUAUAACUAUUUAUUUUCAGUAUGAUCAUAUUACAUCAAUAAAAUGAUUUUUAAAAUUGCUGAUGUGCAAAAGGACCGCUGAUGUCUACGUCCCGGAUGACACCAACCAAUCAGUGCACAAUGCAACGCAGUAUCAUCGAGGUGGGCUGAGCUAAGAACUAGUUGAGAGCGACAGUGCACACGGGAGAUAACGCUGGCGAUAACACCUGCUAUCGAACUCACUCGGCAAAAAGAGACAAAACAGUCACUACUGGUAUACUGUGCUACAGUGUGCGUGUCUUAAAAAAACCACACAUAUGUUCCAUUGUAUACCAAGUGCUUCAGUAAACGAAAAUCACAUCUAAUACCCUGAGUGCCUCUCUUCAAUUAAGUAACCAUCUCACUCAGUUCUGACCGACUGCCUAUUGUGUUUCACACCCAAAUUUAAUACAUCCACGAACCCCUCCAUUUCAAGUGGUCCUUCGAGCCGGAUUGAGUGAAUCACAGUAGAGAGAUGAUGUCUAAUUCUGAGCCAUAUCCUCCUGUUGUCAGACCUAGACGACAAAUAAGACAACCUGCAUAUCUAGCAGAUUAUGAAGUUCAUGGAUCAGGCUUUGUGAAGAGAGCUCCAGUAUCUAAUUGCCUGAGUGAAUACGACAAUGAAGCAGUCCCACCCAUGUCAGCGAAUGUAUCACGAUCAUCUUCUCCGACGAGUCAGCCCUCAUACACAGAUGAUCUAAUACUCCAAGAUGUAUGGCCAGAGCCAUCUGGAUAUGAAUCGCCAGGGUAUGAUAAGCAACACUUUCAAGUCCAGCAGACCUCUGAUAUAAAGUCUAUGUGCAUGCAGAUGAAGAGGGACAAUGACGAGCUCCGUAGCUCCAUUCUACCAGAAAUCCUUUCAGCGCUUCAAGGGCUCAAGGCGGAGAAUGCUACAUUAAGACGGGAGAUCCAGCAGCGUAGCCCCAACAUUCAGACACCAAUACCAGCUCCCCGCACUCACUUGCCACCCUCAGUCAUUAGUCAUAGAAGCUCCAGAGCGCAUAGUGGUGAAGUUUCUACUCCUCAACCAGCCCGUUAUGAGCAGCUGACAGAGCAAAUGGGAGAUAUGACUUUAAAUUCUAGGAUGUCACAUGUAGUUGAUGGUCAUGGUGUACAUUCUCAGAGGGCACACACAUAUUCAACCCAGCCUUCAGGAACAGGACAUUAUGAAAAUGUGCCCCUUGGUCCAAGAUACCAUUAUCUUCAGACAGAAAGAGAAUUCAGUCCAGCCUCACGCCCAGAGUUAGUGCCUAGGAUGGAGAAGCUGCAUACCCAAGAGCAGAUUUAUCGAGGCCCUAAGCCUACAAUUCCCAGCUUGACCGCAGCUGACCCAAGACAGUUUUCCAGACUACGUAUGGCACUGGAGAAUAUUCUGCCAGCAGAUGCGAGUGAACGUUUUAAGUAUCAGAUUCUGACAGAUCAUUUGGAGCUUGAAGAGGCUCUCCUGGUGGCAGACUCCUACUGUAAUUCUGUGAGACCCUACACAGACACGAUGCACGCUCUGGUUAAGAUGUACGGUCAGCCCCACAAGCUCGUUCUGCAGAGUAUCGCAGAAGUGCUGGAAAGUCCCAACCUUAAGUCAGGAGAUGUUAAAUCUUUCAAGCUCUUUGCUCUUCGAGUGCGAUCAUUAGUGAGUAUGUUGGAACAAUUGGGGCCAGAGGGAGUCGCCGAAUUGGACUGUGGCUCACAUGUGUCUCGUCUCCAGAGCAAGCUUCCCCAUGAGCUGCAAAUCAGUUUUAAGAGAUAUAUCCAUCCCUUAAGGAUCACAGUCCCUACAUUUCUACACUUUGCUGACUGGUUAGAAUACGAACUCCAAGUACAAGAUGACACUGCCAAAGCAGUCAUGUAUGCCCCACCCUUACCUUUCAAGCGGAGAGAAGGUCGUCAUGAACACAAGCCUUCAGGGAGAUCAACAAAUAUUCUACUAGGUGCUGGAAAGCCCACUGCCCCCACUGAAUGCCGAAUACCUACGUUAGAUUCCAAGCCCAGUUCUACUAAGUAUAGAGAGAAGUCACACGCCUACUGUCCUUACUGUGACAACUCCAGCCACUUCCUCAAUGGGUGUCUUAACUUCAAAGAGCUAACAAAGGAACAGAAAGAGGCAUGGAUUCGUAAGAAUAAUAGGUGCUGGCGGUGUGGACGUAAUCAUCAUGCAUCCAGAUGCACAUUAAAGGCUCUGUGUAAGACGUGCAACAGAAAACACCUGCUUGUAUUGCAUGAUCUAAAUGAGAGAGUUGUCAGUACUAGUGAAGAGACUGAACCUAAGGAGAACUCGUGUCUUGUAAAUACCACAAAGGGCACCCUAUAUGCAGAUCGUUCAGUUGGCAGCCGCAGAGUGCUCUUGAAAGUGAGUAAAGUAAUCAUUGCAAAUGGAGAUGCAUCAAUGGAGACUUUUGCUGUGUUAGAUGAUGGGUCAGAAAGGACCAUUCUACUUCAUGCUGCAGCUCAGCAGCUGAAACUCCAGGGCCAGCCAGAAGACCUCAUACUGCGCACUGUAAGACAGGAUCAGCAGGUGCUUCAUGGGACAGCAGUUUCCUUCACAGUCUCACCGGUGUCUCACCCCCACAAGAAGUACCACAUUCAGCAUGCAUUUACAGCCGAACGACUGAGCCUUGCUGAACACACUUAUCCAGUGGCUUUCUUACAGAAGAAAUAUAGACAUCUAGCUGGUCUCCCAUUGCAACAGAUGGAUAAAGUGCAGCCUGUAUUGUUGAUUGGGUCAGAUUACCCACAUCUCCUCACGCCUGUUGAGCCAGUGCGUCUAGGCCCACCAGGGGGCCCAGCAGCAGUUAAAACCCGCUUGGGAUGGACUCUUCAAGGUCCUACACAGGAGGUCCGUCGUGAGCUUAGCACACACCAGUGCUUCUUUACCUCUGUACUACCUAACACAGACCUGUUUGCUCAUGUUGAGCGAUUGUGGCAGAUGGAUGUGAUACCCUAUCGCAACAACAAGAUAGUGACACGAUCCAAGCUAGACAAGGAAGCAAUCAGUCUGUUGCAAGAGAACACUGUGAGAGUAGAAGUACAGGGCACAAUGCGGUAUGCCACACCGCUCCUCCGAAUGCAGAGUAUGCCUUGUUUGAACAUGCCCAAGGAAGCCGUUCUCCCUCAGCUUAGGAGUGUUGAGAGGAGGCUGCUAAAAAACCCAGAGCAAGCAUCUGCCUACCAGGCUGAGAUUACUAGAUUGAAGGAAGCAGGCUAUGUGGCUAAGCUAGAACCAAGAGAAGCGGAUUGCUCUAAAGAGUCUUGGUACAUCCCCCACCAUAUGGUGCAGCACAAUAAUAAGAAUAGAGUCGUCUACAACUGCUCCUUUCAAUUUGAAGGCCACAGCCUUAAUGACUUUCUCCUGCCAGGCCCCACAUUAAGCCCAUCACUGUUGGCAGUGCUGCUUCGAUUCCGAGAGCACCCUGUUGCUAUAAGUAGCGACAUUCGCGGUAUGUUUCACCAAGUCAGGCUGCUCCCUGGUGACAUGCCCUUGCUUCAAUUUUUGUGGCGAGACUUAAAGCCUGAUCUACCCCCUGAUGUGUACCAGUGGCAGGUACUUCCCUUUGGCACCACGUGCAGUCCCUGCUGUGCCUCAUAUGCCCUGCAGACUCACGUUAUUAAUCACAGUCAGCCGGGAGAUCGAUUUAGAGAGGUAAUUGAGAAAUCAUUCUAUGUCGACAAUUGCCUCCACAGUCUUCAUUCUCCUAAAGAGGCUAAAGACCUUGUUGACGGACUUUGUGCUCUCCUAGCCAGUGGAGGAUUUGAGCUUCGACAAUGGGCUAGCAAUUGUCCAUCUGUGAUUACUCACCUUCCUCCAGAAUCCAGAUCUAGUACCUGCGAACUGUGGCUCAGCCAAGACCAACAAGAUGUCCAUGAGUCCACGCUUGGACUGCAGUGGCAUUGCCAAACUGAUACACUGCGCUACAAACACAGAGCUAGGAGCUCUGCGCAAGUGACUAUGCGCCACAUAUACAGAGUACUGGCAAGUCAAUACGAUCCUCUCGGAUAUAUCAUCCCAUACACUACCCGGGCUAAAAUAUUAGUACAGCGUUUGUGGGACAAGAAACGGGACUGGGACGACCCACACCUGCCAGAGGAUCUACUCGCCUUAUGGCACGAAUGGGAGAAAGAACUGAGUGGACUAGAGGAGAUAUCCUUAGCCAGGUGCUACUCUCUGUCAGAAGUAGAUCACGCAUCUUGUAAAUAUGAGAUCCACAUCUUCUGUGAUGCUUCAGAGCAGGCGUAUGGGUCAGUGGCCUAUCUGCGAAUAGAGCACAAGGAGGGUGAAGUAGAAGUUGCCUUUGUUGCUGCCAGGUCCCGUGUUGCCCCCCGAAAGCAACAAUCUAUACCGAGACUAGAGUUGUGUGCUGCUUUAAGUGGAGCACAGCUUUCCCAACUCCUGAACACUGAGCUUACAGUCCCUAUCCACUCCACUACGCUCUGGUCUGACUCUACCACUGUGCUUAUGUGGUUGACAUCUAGCUCCUGUCGUUACAAGGUAUUUGUGGGGACAAGAGUAGCUGAGAUCCAAGAGAUGACAGCAUCCGCUGUCUGGCGCUAUGUUCGAUCAUCAGACAACCCGGCCGAUGACAUCACUAGAGGCAAAUCUCUCCAAAACCUCUCUAAAGACAGCAGGUGGAGUCAAGGACCAUCUUUCCUUAAGCUCCCUUCUGAGAGCUGGCCAGAACAGCCGCAUUUAGCAGCAGAAGGGCCGAACUCUGAACUAAGACAGUCAUCCUUCUCUGUUUUAGUAACCACUACUGCUCCCUCAGCUAAACUGCAGCACUUCAACACCCUGACAGAGUGCCUGAAUGCUUAUGGACAGGAGCUUCAUGGGGCGGCCUACACCUCCAGUGCUGAACUGCAAAAGGAUGUUCAACGUGCAGUUCUCCGUCAAGCACAAGCCGAGUCCUUUCCAGAAGAGCUGAGACUAUUGAUGUCUGGAAAAUCAGUAUCAUCGAAGAGCAGACUACUCACUCUUUCCCCAGAACUUGAUGCUGCUACUGGACUUAUUAGAGUAGGAGGCCGGCUACGGCAUUGUGAGGUCUUGGAAGCAGAUACUAUACACCCAGUUGUCCUUGAUCCUCGGCACCCAGUCACACUGUUAAUCAUAAGAGAUUAUGAUGAGAGACUGCAUCAUCCAGGUACGGAGCGGUUGCUUGCAGAAAUCAGAAGGACAUACUGGAUACUGAGAGGUCGUGAAGCCAUCCGACGAUACCAACACCAAUGUACAGAGUGUAAGAAGUGGAGAGGACGCCCAGAGGUCCCAUUGAUGGCAGACUUACCCCUUACAAGACAAAGAUACUUCCGUCCUGUCUUUUACUCGACUGGGAUGGACUGUUUUGGCCCCUUCGUUAUUAAGAUUGGUCGACGUAAUGAGAAGAGGUGGGGUAUAGUCUUCAAGUGUAUGACCACAAGGGCAGUCCAUCUUGAUCUUCUCUCUAGUAUUGACUCUGACUCAUUCUUGAUGGCUCUAAGAAGGUUCAUAGCCAGAAGAGGCAACCCCCAUGAGUUACUGUGUGACCAAGGCACUAAUUUUAAGGGAGGAGAACGUGAACUGAAUGAGGCCUUUGCUGCUCUCCAAAGUGAGCUACAGAACCAUCUUGCUGUUCAGCAAAUUAAAUUCACCUACAACCCACCAAGUGCCCCUCACUUUGGUGGAUGCUGGGAGAGGGAGAUCCGUUCGAUCAAGGCAGCCCUUAAAGUGACAAUCGGAGCCCAGACAGUUACUGAGGAAGUGUUAAGGACCGUCCUGAUUGAGGUAGAAGGUAUCCUCAACUCUAAGCCUUUAGGAUAUACCUCCUCUGACGUCGCUGAUCUCGACCCAAUUACCCCGUUCUGCUUCUUAAUUGGUCGCAGAGAUGUGUCACUUCCCCAAGUCGUCUAUGAGGACUCAGAAAUCCUAAGUCGACGGCGGUGGCGUCACAGCCAACUACUUGCAGAGCACUUCUGGAGGCACUUUCUGAAAUACUACCUACCUGACCUUCAGGCACGGCAGAAGUGGAAAACCGAGAAGAGGACAUUAGAAAUUGGGGAUGUAGUCAUGAUAGUUGAUCCUCAACUCCCUCGUGCACUUUGGCCAGUGGGCAGAAUCACACAAGUGUUCCCUGGUGCAGAUGGUCGAGUGCGGACUGCUAAUGUGGAGGUUAAGGGCAAGACUUAUACCCGUAUUGUGGCUCGACUUAUACAGCUUCCAGCUCUACCUGAGGACGAAUAAUGCAUGUUAUGGAUCUUUUGUCAGAUGAGCGAAUUCAGUUCUGAAUUCGGGGGCGGCUGUGCAAAAGGACCGCUGAUGUCUACGUCCCGGAUGACACCAACCAAUCAGUGCACAAUGCAACGCAGUAUCAUCGAGGUGGGCUGAGCUAAGAACUAGUUGAGAGCGACAGUGCACACGGGAGAUAACGCUGGCGAUAACACCUGCUAUCGAACUCACUCGGCAAAAAGAGACAAAACAGUCACUACUGGUAUACUGUGCUACAGUGUGCGUGUCUUAAAAGUAAGUGAUCACUAUUUAUAAAGUUAUUAUUGACAGAAGAUCAGCUGUUGUUCACGUACCACCUGUAGCAGCUUGUUAGCACAGUACUGCUUAUAUUACCAGCUUAAACUCGGGAAUUACCAAGUGUUUAAGUACAAGUUGUAGUUAUAUGUUCAUAUGUACACAUUUUAGUAUGUUACUGAUGUAUGUUUAUAGUAUAUCACGUAUGUGCGCGUUAUGCGACGAUAAUUGGCUACCUGCGGUGAUCAUUCAAGUUGGACAUGCCCAGACAAAGACCCUGCCAUCAUGCGGCAUUCAUGUGCUCUUGGCGCCCUCUUGUGGACACUCGGAGAAGUGCACCUUUAUUAUCUAAUGGGCCAUUAUUUUCUUACUAUACUUGUUGUGUGCUGUUCAGUUAGUAAUAUUUAUUGUGAAACAUCUGUAUUGAUUAUUGUUUAUU